UUUUCCCAACUUUUGGACGUCAAAUUUGAUCAAAAGUUCGCCGCCUUUAAGCGCGAUCUCCAGGACAAAGAAGCUACCACACAAUCGCAGCUUAAGAAGCUGAAAACCGAAUCGAAAGCGUCAAAUUCCUUUACUUUCAAGGGAAACAAAGUACAGUACGAACUUAACAUCACUUUGCACGACUUAGUGGACGGUGCCAUUAAGAACAUCUCAAAACGAAACCUUUCAGCAGCGAUUUCCGAACUUGAAUCGGUAAAGACACUUACUACAAAACGAAACAAGCUUAUUCGCUUUGCGGAUAAGAGUCCUGCGGGCUGGACAGCCGUUAAAGAGUACGAAUCAGAUGAGUUGGCAGAGGAUUCUGAGGAUGGAAAGAGGCUUCGUUCAGCAGAAAGACGGGCAUGGCCAAGAUCCGCGAGAAGAAACGUAGGAAUUCGUCUGCCCGACCUAGCUAUACUAGUACCCGUCAGCCAUCGAGUGAAGUUUCUUCCGCUGGACCUUCCAAUACUCUUCCUGUUAAUCAGCAGCUUUUUCGUGGGCAGUCCUUUCGCGAGCGUCGACCUCAGCCUUCGGACAAGUGCUUCAGUUGCGGACAGAGAGGUCAUUGGGCAAAUUCAACUUCCUGCCCCAGCCGCCUUA